GCCUUCCGCCGCUGUUUCUUUGGCUCCUGGUCAGGCAGAAGCAGCUCGACUGCCUAAGGAAACUCAUCCCCAGGGUACAGAUCUUGCCUUCCAUGGGCCAAAGCUUGAGAUGAAGGUGUUGGAUUUCUUACAGCAAUGCAAGAGCCUUUACAAACCUUUCAGACAUCUUGCAGCACUGCAGGACCAUUUACAAACCCUUCCAGGGGUGCAAGGCUGCUUUUGCAGGGAAUGGUGCUUUUCGGUGGGCUUCAGCCCACAGGCAGGCUGACAGCACAGUGGAGCGUGGAAGAUGAGGAGGAGGCGGCGAGAGAGCGGCGGCGGCGGGAGCGGGAGAAGCAGCUGCGGUCCCAGGCAGAAGAGGGCUUGAAUGGCACCGUCUCCUGCUCGGAGAGUGCAGCUCUGGCUCAGGAAAACCACUAUGACUUCAAGCCAUCUGGGACUUCAGAGCUGGAGGAAGAUGAGGGGUUCAGUGACUGGUCCCAGAAGCUUGAGCAGUGCAAGCAGAGGUCUCCAAGACAGUCAUACGAAGAAGAGGACAGUGGUGUGAGGGAAGCUGAAGUCAAACUGGAGCAGAUCCAGCUGGAUCAGGAAAGCCUGGAGGAGAAUAUGGUUGGUAGAGAGGAAGGGAGGCUGUGCCAGGAGGAAGAAGAGGCCCAAGAGCAGGAAGAAGGGGAGCAAGCUGAGCAAGAGGAAAAGAAGAGAAGGCGAAAUGAUGGAGGGAAGGAAGAGGAAACACCAGAGAAACGCCAGAAGGCCCCAAGCCUUACCAGUCUGGAAGAGGAGGAGCUGUGCUCUGACCACACUGCAGUGUGCUCCACAAAGAUCACGGACAGAACUGAGUCGCUGAACCGCUCAAUACAGAAAAGUAACAGCAUAAAGAGGAGUCAGCCUCCUCUCCCUGUGUCGAAGAUUGAUGACAGGCUGGAGCAGUACACACAGGCUAUUGAGACCUCCACAAAGGCUCCAAAACCCGUCCGGCAGCCGUCUCUUGACCUUCCCACCACGAGCAUGAUGGUAGCCAGCACAAAAAGCCUCUGGGAGACUGGGGAGGUCACAGCUCAAUCUGCUGUGAAGCCCUCAGCCUGUAAGGAUAUCGUGGCUGGAGACAUCGUGAGUAAAAGAAGCCUUUGGGAGCAGAAGGGGAAUCCCAAACCUGAGAGCAGUAUCAAGUCCAUUCCUUCUGGCAAAAAGUAUAAAUUUGUUGCAACAGGCCAUGGCCAGUACAAGAAGGUGUUGAUAGAUGAUGCUGCAGAGCAAUAGUAUGUCUGGAGAACUCAUUAACCAGCUGAGCUUGGUCCUGACUCAACGCAAGCCUCCACGCCACUAUUUCCUCUGCUCCACAGAAGAUAAUUGAAGGAUGUUUCUCUACUCCUGACUGCUGUCAGUCUGCUUUGGGUACUGCCUGCCUCCUCUUGGGGUUUGAGCAGUGUUCCACCCUGCCUCCAGACGGAAGAAAGGAACUACAUCAGCUGACAAAAUUCACCCCUUUUUUAACUUUCUGCGUGACUCUUUGGCUUUUUUUUUCUUUUUUUUUUUUUUUUCUUAAUGUGUCUCUGCUAUGGAGAUGAGAGGCUCUGUUCUCUCUCCUUAAGAGAGGGCUCUGCUGCCCUGCUGAGCAGGCAAGGCUUUUGUUAUGUGAUUAAGAAUUUCUCCUUUUGUGGCCCUUGAUGGCUGGGUGGUGGCAGAGAAGGGAACUUGAAAUCUGGUGAAGAAUUGGUGUUUGAAAGGAGGGCAGGUCCUGAGUGUAAAAAGAUUGCAAGAAGAGUGUGAUGAGAGUGCAAGGACCCCUUGUCACUCUGUUGGUACCAGCUGUGGGUAAAGUCUUCCCCUAUUUAUGAUGCAGCCUCUGUCCCUCUACAUCAUCUGCUUUGAGGGGCUUCCAUCUACUGGUCUCUGCAUACAUCAAAUUGCAUUCAAUCUAGUCUUGUUUUUUUUCUUUAAUUCCCAGAUCAUUCUUUAAUCACAGUUAUGUACCCAUGCCAAAAUGUUCCUGCCACUUUCCUGUCUCAGUAGGGCAAUAGCAGCUUUGUUUCAAAUUGCUGCUGCCUUCCUCUGAGAUGGAUUGGAGAUCUCCUUUCCCAGGUGAGGAGCACUGACCACUGCUGUUAUCUCCCUUCUCUGGGAAAGUGAUUUGCUUAUUCUCUAAUCUGUGGACUCCAAUGCUGGUGACUGAAACACUUCUAAAAGUUAGAUGUGGUGGCACCUUGAUAACUUGCAAGCUAUGUUCCUGAAGCUGAGCAGGAUAUCUGGGAAAUGGCUGCUGCUGGAAGUGAUCUUGGUGAAAUGGCAUCCUAGUGAAUUGUUUGUGGAGACCAAGGCUUGCUGUGAACUUGAGGAAACUGAGUCACUCACGAGUGGCAUUUCUGGGCCUGGGGUCUGCAUAUCAGCUUCUAGGGUUGUUUCUAAACUCUCCCAUGUUUUCAUACUUCAUGAUAUUAACAUGUCCCCCAUCCCCACUUUAGUAUCAUUCCUACUUUCUUCCCAUGUCAACAUCAUAUUGCAACUUGUUUCUACCCUCCUGGAGGGAGGACAGCUUGUUUCUCCUCCUGCAUCUGUGUGCUUUCUGCUUAAAACUUUCUGCCCCCUUGAUUUUCUUUUUUUUUUUUUUUUUUUUGUAAGCAUUUAAUAAAAUUUGAAGAAGAUGUUGUAAUGAUGGCAACUCUGAGAAUUUUGUUCAUGUAGGAGUCUGUAGCAAAGCUGUUUUUCCAAGACCUUGAAACUCUGCUUGAAUGCGAGGUGGAGGAGAGGAAGCAUCAGCCUGAGUGGCAGGAAGAAAAGGAGCUUGACAUAUGCAGGAAAGGGGUUUUCAGUGUGCCUGCCCCAUUUAGAUCUGUUAUUUUGCAUUUUUCAUGGGGAGUAAUUGCCUGUAAAAGGGGAAGGAGCAGUGCUUGGGUGGGCAGUGGAGCAGCCUGCAGAGUCUUCUUGGGGAGUGUGAUCAGCUAGGAGAAGCACAGAGCUUUAGCUCCCCAGGUAAUAGACCUGAGCAACAUCACAGGCUUCAACCAAAAUCACUGGUCAUGUCAGCUAUAAAAAAAGGGAAAAAGUCUUCCUCUGUAUCCUGCUAAUCCAGCUUCAAUAAGGUCAGUAUAGCUGUCUGUGCUGGAACCCAGCACACUAAUGAGCUGAUGGCUCUAUCUGGAACCAUCUACCUUUUAUAGAAAAACCUUUUUAUGGGGGUGACCUUCCAAGUAAUAACGCUUUUAUGGUGCAGAGACAAUGAAGAGUUUCUGCUAUCCUAACAUUUUAGAAAAGUGUAGGUAAGGAAGGAGAUAAUUCCAAUGUAACUUCUUGCUCUUAUUUUUCUGCUGAUUGGUACCCUUGUUCUCUCCAUCCUCUGCUUUAGUUCUGGGAGGCAGGAAUUCAAGGAGUCCUGUGUUCUUCAAAGCACUGAGCAGCAUGGCCCCUUUUUCCUCCCUUCAGCCCUUCCUCUGCUAUGCUGGGAUUUUCCAGCAAGGCUGGAGCGGUAGCAGUGUGGUGCAUAGAGAUACUCUGGGUUGAGGUGAAAAUAACACGACUUUGCAUGUGUGCAAACUGGUUGCAGCAAUUUUUCAACACAGUUCUGCAGCUGGCUGGUGGAAAUAAUGGCUGAAAACUUCUCCAGUUACUAUUCCUGUGCCCUGCCAGUUUGCAGAGGGCAGAGAAGGCCCCAAAGGCUGUUUGUGUGAGAUUCCUUCUCUAAGGAGGGUUAAUUUGCAGAGUGUAUUUUCUCCACUUAAAGCCCACAGGGACCUAGAUGUGGUUUCAAUAAACAACUGCUGUAACUGAGGUUGUGGUGACAGAAGAGAAGUGAGCAGGUUAUGGGAGACCAGAGCUCUCUAGUGGUGGUCAGGAGCCAGGGAGAGAACUGGCUUGGAGCAAAUGUGUGCAGCUCUUUAUGAGGUAUUAUAUCAGCCAGGGGAAAGGUUUCCACAGCUAAAUUAACUUGAUGGUGUGCUGUUUUUCCUCCCAAAGUAACAUGGUGUGCACAUGGUGCUGGGUGGGACUGGCAGUGGGGCUACCAGAAUUGAGAAACCUUCCCCAUCUUCCCCAAAAAGAAAAAAAGAGAUGCUGCAGCCCAGAUAUGCUGGAUGUGCAUUUUGGGCAAUGCUAAGAGGGGAUGAGAGCAUGGAGGCUCAUCUCUUCUCCCAGCAGGAACCUGCAGGGACCUGUGGCUGAUUUUUGUGAGUAAAGGAGAGCAGGCUGGUGCCACUCUGCAGCAGUUACUGGUCUGGUGCUAGUACUGCUCUGUUGACUGUUCACAGCACUGUGGUUUUUGCAGCACUGGCAUCUCAGAGGCUUUUGCUAUGAGUCCUUAGCUCUGUCUUCUCCUGAGACUGCUGCAUUUUGAGCAUAACAAGGACAAACUGUCACACUGAGUCUUGCAGGAUUAGUCUUAACCUCAAAGCUUGGUGGAGGAGGGUAAUGUUUUCCUGGUCCCUGUGUCUGCUGGCUGCCUUCAUCCCCUGUGCUGCCAUGCUUCCCCAAAUUAUCAUCCCCUUGGCAGGCUGGCAGCGCCCAAAAAGAGGGACUGGGAACCCCUGUGUGGGCUCUGAGUGCUCUGAACUGGGGUUGUACCUUGAUGUGUUGCUUCACUAUAAUUUUUUCUUUACCCAUCUUGUCUAGAUUAUGCAGAAGGUGAACAUGAUUUUGUGGCAGUAUUGGCUCUGGAAUAAAUCUGUGGGAGCUCCAGUGAUACUGAAA